UCAAAUAUUCCGGAUGAUUGAACUCGUCGUGUGCACGCAAGACGCAAGUUCCGGGGGUUCGAUCGCGCAAACUCCACCCAGCACACACACACACACACACACGACACGGGAACCUGUGGCAGCGUAGUAGGCUAAAAAAAAAGGCUUCUCGCACGGAUUCCUGCAGAGAAAAGUUGUGCGGGUCAAAGUCCAAAGGGGGACGUGUGAUUGGAAGACAUGCUUCAAACAUGGCCGUGGUAGCCGCGAGUGAACUUUCGUCCGGCGUGAAGGAAAACGGUUUUUUAGAGGUUCUGGUGCGGGGACGCUGGCACAAAGUUUGGGUUCACUUGAAUGAAGAGGCGCUCACGUUAAGCUGCGAGGACACGAACUCCGUCACCGCGAAUGGAUCCUACCUCGACAACAACAACUCCAACAACGGUCCUACAAGUGUUCGCACCGCACACCUGGAUCUGGACGAAUCGGUACCGGAGACCAUAGCGAACAGGAAGCGGUGCGUCAAGGUGACCAAGCAGGACGUCGGCGGACUGGGGAUUAGUAUCAAAGGAGGACGGGAGAAUAAAAUGCCUAUACUGAUCAGUAAGAUCUUCAAGGGGCUGGCUGCAGACCAGACUCAGGCUCUUUACGUCGGAGACGCCAUCCUGUCCGUCAACGGUGUCAACCUGAGGGACGCGACCCACGACGAGGCGGUGCAGGCGCUCAAACGGGCAGGGAAAGACGUGAGUGUGGAAGUGAAGUACAUGAGAGAGGCCACGCCAUACGUCAAAAAGGGCUCACCUGUGUCAGAGAUCGGAUGGGAAACGCCCCCGCCAGAGUCCCCACGUUUCAGCAGCACUCCCAUCACCUCUUCGCUCUCCUCCCCGUCAUCCCGGACCCCUCCCCCUCAGCCUUCCUUGUCCCUGCAGGGCGACAGGAGAUGCAUACCACUCAAGAUGUGUUGCGUAACCCGAGCCAUGACCACAACAGACCCAGACAACAGACAAGUGGAGCUGCACUCCCCCGAUGCUCGACACACUGUGGUGCUACGCUGCCCAGACCAACCAUCUGCCCUCACUUGGUUCUCCGCCAUGCAUGCCGUCACAUCCACACUGGCGCAGCGGGCGCUGGCUGAGGUCGUCCGCCACAAAACGAGGUCAGGGAUUGCUGGCAGCAAAGAGAUAAGACACCUGGGAUGGCUGGCUGGGAAGCAAAGUGAGAGUGAGAAGCAGUGCUGGAAGCCUGUGCUGGUGGUGGUGACUGAGAAAGACCUUCUGCUCUACGACAGCCUACCACGAAGCAAUGACGCCUGGCAGAGCCCGGCACACACGUAUCCACUUCUAGCAACACGUCUGGUGCACUCUGGGCCUGACAGAGGUUCUCCUUACUCGGGCACUGAGCUCUUCUUUGCCACUCGGACCGGCACACGUCUCGGCAUCGAGACUCAUCUUUUCCGAGCCGAAACAAGCAAGGAUUUAUCCCUGUGGAGUCGACAAAUAGUCAACGGAUGUCACACUUCGGCUGAGAUGAUCAAAGAAGUCAGUACUAGUUGCCUUUACCUGGGUCAGGAGUGCCGUCUGGUGAUCCACUAUGAGCACGGCUUCUCGGUGGUGGCUCAAUCCAAAGUCCAAGAUGGUGAGAAUAGGGAGGAGGCUGUGCAAGUGUUCCUGUCCUACCCCUUUGAAAAACUGAGGAUGUCGUCGGACGAUGGAGUCCGGAUGCUGUUUCUUGACUUUGGAGGAAAAGAGGGGGAGAUUCAACUGGACCUCCACUCAUGUCCAAAGCCAAUUGUCUUCAUCCUGCACUCCUUCCUCUCAGCUAAGAUCUCCCGGCUGGGCUUUGUGGCUUGACUGCGACCUGAAGCGGACGUUGGAUCUCGGCUGUCCAUCAAAAAUGUCUGCAAUAGACCAAGUAGGCCACACCGGGCCUCAAUCUGAGAGCCAAACUGAGUGAUUGUAGCUUCUCUUUGGAAACAAGCAAUGGAGAAAGAUGCCCAGAUAUUUGGUACAUGCUAUCUUACGAGAACGGCUGCUGUGACUGAAAGUUGGUGACGAAUGGACUAUAAGCAGAAGAACCAUCAAGUGAUGAAUGUAGAUAACUGGGCAUUAAUGAUAGCCACCACAUUUUUCCUUUAAUUUCACCUCAUGUAAUAGUAAAUGGCUUUCAAUUAGCAGUUGUAUUUAAUUUAUUCACAACCACACCACACUGUGUUUUGUUAGCAAUGUUAGCAUCAACCACAUGGUUCCCAAUUAUAUGACAGCAAACUGAAAACUCGCUUGAGACUAUUUCUUUCAAAGCAUUCAUAAACCAUAUGCGCUGUUGCAUUGUUCAAAGUCAAAUGAUAUUUUUGUAGCUGUAACUAGGGGUGUAAGAAAAUAUCGUUUCGGCGAUAUAUUGCGAUACUUCGUUCCACGAUACUGUAUCGAUAUUAAAAAGUAUGAUAUCGAUGUUUUUAGGCAUUUAUAAUAGACUGUAUAUGGUAUUUAUUCAAAUGCAGACACGGCAAAGGUUCAUUUCUCAUUUUAAUUUAAACCUCCGAUCGUUAGGUGGCAGCACUUAUGUCAGGGGUCUCAAACUCCAUUUACUUGGGGGCCACUGGAGCUCGGAGCCCGCAUCAGGUUUUCCAAAAAAAAAAAACACGGAUAGGGAGGAUAACUAUUAACAGUUAUUUAACCUUUAACAUGAACAUGAAUCAAACGUAAUAAUUUUUUCUGGGUACAUGAUACCAUACAGCAUCCAUAUCAAACUUGCGCGGGCCGCACUAACAUUAAACUUUCAUAUCAAGGCGUGGGCCUCAAACUAGUGUCGUGCGGGCCACAUCUGGCCCGUGGGCCGCGUGUUUGAGACCCCUGACUUACGUAGUCAAUUAGGCAAGGACGUUGAAGGAAAUUGACGAGUGAAACGUCCUCACACAUAAACACAGUUCAACAUGGCAGAAUGCCAGCACAUAACAGUGGGCCCCUGCGGCGUACAAGGCAAGUAGGGUGUGCAGAAAUUGACAAAACCCAUGCCGUUUGGAAAAUGUGUCAUGCCCCAAUAAAGUAUUCGGGAAACACGACAAAUCUGCGAGACACCAUGAGGACCUGCCGCUAGCAAGCAAUGCGAAGGUCCUUUUGUAUACUACAAAAGUAGUACUGUGAUAUUGCAGGUAUUUUGUUUUUCAAAAUGAUAUCACUAUUUUAUUAAAUAAUGGUUAUUUCAAGCAUCCUAAAAGGACUUUUUACUGAUGUUAGUUAUUUUGUUCCACAAAAAUACUGUUUUGAUGGUGGAUAAGUCAGGGACUGUAUACUCUGCAUUUUUUCACAGCUAAUAGAAUGUGAACAUUUGAGCAGGAUCUUGAGACAUAAUUCAAUUUAUUUUUUUUUUAUGGGGUUUUUUUGUAAAUUUAAAGCUGGAUGUUUAUUCAAAUGCUACACUUGAAGUUUUUACAGAGGAAAGUUUGUGAUACAGCAUAACAUAAUGGAAUAAAAAUGUGUUUAGUAAGUGCAUAUCGCUGGUGUAAUUCAGUUUUUCCAGGAAAUAAUCUUUAACUACAACAAAAACAAAAAAAAUAUCGCCUUGUUAACAGUAUCGUGAUAUACAUAUCGUGAACCUAGUAUCGUGAUACGUAUCGUAUCGCCAUAUUCUUGCCAAUACACACCCCUAGCUGUAACUACUCGCUACUGUUAGCUAGCUUACUGCCAUAAUUGACACAUUAGCAACUUUCACAAACAUUUAAUGCUAAAUAUAGCUGUGUUAAUAAUUAAAGUAUUUAUUAUACAUGCUUAAAACUAAAACAUGAUUAGGAUUAUUUCAUCACGAGUGAAGCACAAUUGACUGAUAUUAUUUAGUUCCUAUGAUAAACUAUUUGUUGCUAAGGCUAAGCUAAGCUAAGCUAAUGUAUAAUUUGGCUGUUAUGAAGCGCUUCAUUGUUAUGUCGCUGGGGUUACAUUUCCCAAGACACAUCCUGUUUUGUUUUGUCUUUUUUUGAAAGUCAUGAAAAUGUACAAGGUUUAAAUAUAUUGAAAUUCUACGGUACCUUUGAGGAAACGUCAAUUAGUCCUGGUUCUUCUUUUGCUCAUCAAAAUACGGUCACUCUUGUUAUUUCUACCAGUCAUACAUUUCAACUAAUCAUUUGAAAAUAUGGAAUUGACUGUUUCUUAGCUUUUUUAAUGCUAUCUGAUUUAAAACAUUGCAUUGGAAUAAAAAUCAUAUCCUUCUGUUGUCACCGCUAAUGAAUGAUCUUCCCUCAUUUUUGGUUAUAGUAGAAUUUUCAAAGUCAACCGGUUCAAAUGGCAAAACUAUUUUUCAUAUGACAAAUAAUGUAAAGUGCAUUAAUUCAUUCAAGGGUCAAACUGUCACCAUAAUUCAACCUUUGUUUACUGUUCAGGCAAUGUUUAAAAUGACAUUUUAACAUUUUUAACUGUCAUACAACUAUGCUCACCCCUUUUGGUCCCCUAACGGUGUUUUAUGGGUACUGCUGGAAUCAAUAGGUGUACAGUGGAACCUUGGUUAGUGUCAUUAAUUCGUUCCAGACACUAACCAAAUUCAUUUUUCCCCAUAAGAAAUCAUGUAAAUCCAAAUAAUCCAUUUCAGAAAGUUAAACACAUUUUUAUAGUUUUACAGUGAAAUUUGUACAUGUAGAAAAAUUACUUUUUGCUUCAUUGAAGACCUGAAUCUUGACAUGACAGUUCCCAAAGAUACGAUGUGAUAGCGAGACACCACACAUACACACACCACCGUCCUGUUAUUAUUAUGUAACCCAAAAUGGAGCCAAAUAAAGCUGCAGGUGCCAACAUUUUGAUGAAGAAGGUGAGUAACACAGUUGAAUUAAAGAAAUAACAGGAAUUUGGUGUCACAAUGUCAUCACGUCUUCAAUGAAGGUAAACAUUAACCUAAUAUGUGCACUUAUACCUUUCAUUUACACUUUACAUGUAAUUUAGAAUUGCUUUAUGCAUGUAAAAGUAUCAAAAUGUGUUGACUUCCGGUUCCGGUUGCAAUUAUGUCAAUCUCAGGAUGCUAACAAGGACCUUAAAAUAGUAUAAUAAAACAUUAACAACACAGUUGGACUCAGGCAGCGUAUUAAUAACACAAAUGUGUGCUAUAUUAGAAAAUAUUUUCUACAUUAUCAAAAAAAUGUGCUAACUGAGUCAACGCUAACCAAGGUUCCACUCUAUGUGUGUCUAAAGUCUCAUUGGCUUGGCUGACGUCCCACCCGAUGGCUUUUGUUUGGGCAUGUCUUUGUACACUUUAGAAGCUUCCGCUGUAUUGUCAGUAGCCACGUAUACAUGGACCCAAAUAUUCCAAUUCCAUUCGGGUUAUUUGCUCAAACUGAAAGAAUGUAACCUUUGUAUACACCUCAUUCCGAAAAAAAAAGUGCCAAUCCAAAUGAAUAUAUAAUGGGAUUCCCAGGGGUGGAAUAUUCCUUUCCCCAAUCCGAUUGAGGUAUCUUGUACCCGCUCAAACGGAAAGUUGACAGACUGCGUUCUUCUUCUUCUGUUGUUUAUUGGCGGUUGGCAAGCAGCUUUCGUGUGCAUUAGCGCCAUCUGUGGAACAGAAUCUAAACCCUUCUAUACGCCAUUCACAAGUCCAGUUUUAUUAAAAAAAAGAAAAUACAUAUCUAUAUAAAACAUGUGCUGAGCUUAAUUAUAAAAUAUUAGCAUUAUCAGUAAUAAAUAAAUAAAUAUUAUAAUAAUAAUAAAAUGCCAAAAAACACGACUAUAGUCACAUUUAUACUCUUUUUAUUUACAACAUAUUGCGCAACUGCAGGGUCUUGAGACACAUGCUAACUCGCAAACUAGAGCGCUAGCGACCUAAACGGUAGCCUUGAAGUUAUUUCCUUUAAACUUAAAUAGCCAAAAACUUACCACUUCCACACGGACAGGGAGGAUAACUAUUAACAGUUAUUUAACCUUUAACAUGAACAUUAAUCAAACGUAAUAAUUUUUUCUCGGUACAUGAUACCAUACAGCAUCCAUAUCAAACUUGCGCGGGCCGCACUAACAUUAAACUUUCAUAUCAAGGCGGGGGCCUUAAACUAGUGUCCUGCGGGCCACAUUUGGCCCGCGGGCCGCGUGUUUGAGACCCUUGAUGUAUACCAUUGCUUUCGGAAAGGUCAUUCGGAAAGAGAAAAACUCCUCAUGUAAACGUGGCUAGUGAUAUGACCUGCGUCAACAUAAGCCAGUAUGUUACUUGGAAAUGGUAUGAGGACAGGAACAAAAAAACACCUGUUUGCAUCUCAGAAUCUUACACAUUUCCAUCCACAUACAUAUAUAUUUUUUUUUUUAUUCAGACCAGCAGAGCAGUAUUGGUAGUGUGGUUGAAUAAGGGUAUUUCAUAGUGCACAACUGCCUUCAUUUCACGGUGAACUUCUACAAGAUCAAAACAUUUUUGUGACAAACUUGUGUUUUCAAGGGAGCGUCUUGACACAGAAAAUUACAAGCCAAAGACAAGGUUCCGUACUAAACCCGUAAUCUAUUGUUUGUCCAUCAAUCAAGCAUUAACGCUAAUGCUGCACAGUAAGCAGACAUGUUGUUCUUCUGCCUUGACAUCUAAAAUAGCUGGCAGGAUGAUCGUGGAGCGACAAUGUCACUAUAAUAAAAAUAAUACUUUCUGUUUGCUUUUCAAAGACUUUCUGUUGUGCACUGUCAGCUAUGAUCCUGCAACAUGGUCAGUUCAUUGUGUUUAACACUUAAUAAGACAUAAGAGAAAAUUGUAUAACAGCAGAGAAACUACUGAGUGAGAGAUUUUAUGCUGUUUUGAGAUAACUCAUGUUUUUCACCCUCAUAAAAGAUAUAUUUUUAAAAAAUAA